CCAGGAGGCCGCUGGCCUUGCGCUCGGGACCCGCUGUUUCUAGUGUAGCCGCCAGGCUGCGGGGGGCGGAGAGGAGUUUCGAGGCCCGUGAAGGUGCAGGAGCGAGCUGGGUCCAGCCUGGUGCUGCGGCCCAGGGCGGUGUCCCGGCCACGGCACCGGGACUGCGCCCCCCCCCCCCCCCCCCCGGCUGAUCCUGUCUCCCAGCCGUGCUCAGGGCCGAGUGGCAGCUGCACUCGGUGCCUUGGCUUGCGGUGAAAGCGGUGCUUUCCUUUAGCCCCUCCUGGAGUCGGUGACCCCAGAGAACACUGAGCCAGGGAAAGCUACAGUUCGGGUCCAGACUGCUUGACCAGUCCUUCAUCAUCUGUGUUCUGGUUGCAUUCUACCUCAGGGCAUGGACAAUGUUCUGAUGACUGAUGCAUUCCACAUGUUGUCAGGCCUGACAUUACCAAAAUGUGCAACAGAUUAUAGGUAGUCUCGUUGGGAGAAGGAGAAAUCCUUGACUCCAAACCAGAGCAAUGGCUACAAUGGUGGCUAAGCGAGAAGGGCCUCAGUUCAUCAGCGAAGGAGCAGUCCGAGGGAAUGCAGCCAUUCUGGAUUAUUGCAGGACAUCUGUUUCUGCCUUGUCAGGAGCAACAGCAGGAAUUCUUGGCCUGACUGGUUUACAUGGCUUCAUCUUCUACUUCUUGGCUUCUGUCCUUCUCUCAGUGCUUUUGGUAUUAAAAGCUGGACGGCGGUGGAAUAAGUACUUUAAAUCCCGAAGGCCACUUUUCACUGGGGGGCUUAUCGGAGGCCUCUUCACGUAUAUCCUCUUCUGGACUUUCCUCUAUGGCAUGGUGCAUGUCUACUAAAAGAGUAGUAACCACUUUAGCUGCAAUGAGUUUUAAUGAAAUAGGAGGACUGUUGCCAAAAACUCAUCUAAACAACUAUGCCAGCUUUUUAAAUUGUUGUUCACUGCUUGUAUUGUUAAGGCGGCCAUUAAUUUGUCUGAGUACAAAACUCUGUAGUAUUUGUCUAAUUAAAUUGAAUGUAAAAUGUCUUACGGAAAAGUCACAAAUUGCUUCCCACACAUUUAUAAGUAUCCUAUGAAUUGCUAAAAAUCACCAUUUGUCCACCA